AAAGAAACAAGUCUCUCCAUUCUCUCUGCUCGGACAAUCGUAACAAGCCCUGGGCCGUGCUCGUUUCCGUAGGGCUGUCGGACGGAAUCGCCUCACUUCGUCGUGUCGUCGCAGCGAAGUCCAUUCCGUCCUUCGGUUCCUGCUCCUCGUCGCAGUGCGACAUCGCACUGAAGCGUCGCGAUCAACCCGAUCGCCGAGCGACGCCAUUCCAAUCGCCGAGUUUCCACCGUAACCGCCUGGAUCUGACGCAGCGUAUCGAAAGCAACUCGCCAUGGCGAUGAGACUGCUGCUGCACGCGAGGCAGCGCGCGGGAUCCGUGCCGUCAGUCGCGCUCAGGCCCAUUCUGUCAGCACCCUCUGACCCUGCCACUGCCCCUCCUGCUGCUCCCACUGCUGCAAACCAGCCCUCAGAGUCCGAUCCGUUAUUGUCACAUUCGGCACUGUCACCCUGGGUUAGAAGGCAUACUGCAGCAGCCACUGCUCCUGCUCCUGCUCCUGCUCCCUUCGCUCUGACGUCAACUCCCCUCCUCUCAACCGCAACGCUGAUUGGUGGUAACCACGUCUACAGCAGCCAUGUCUACAGUCACAACGUCUACAGUACUUUUGGCAGCACAGCUUCUGCUGCAGCACACCUUUACCGUUCGUUACAGUCACACGUAGCUCCCAUUUCGAGCCUGUCCUCCCGGUUCCUCUCCUCCGUCCCUCCCCUCGCUUCCCAAGCCUCUGAAUCCGCCUCGGAUUCCGCUGCCGAGCCUGCUGCUCCUGGUUCGGGGCUCCCUGCCGAGCCUGCUGUUGCUGGUUCGGAAGAGAGGGGAGAAGGGAAAGAGGAGGACACAAGCAGCAGCAGAGAGCGCGAUUCAGUAGCCACGGAAAGCAGUGGAGCCGGCAGCAGCAGCAGCAGCAGCAGUAACAUCAGCAGCAGCACCGCCACCGCUACCACCAGCAGCAACAACAGCAGCAGCGGCAGCAUCAGAGGGAACCGCUUUAGCAGCAGCAAUGGGGAGCGCCGAACCAGUGAUGGAGGUCCGGGCUUUCAGGCUGGGAGGAGAGGUCCGAGGCAGCGAGGAGCGAGGCAAACCGGUGACAGCAGAGACCCCCGCAAGGGGCAGCUGUGGGGCGUUUUGAAUCGGCUGCGGGGCAACGCUCCUGUCAUGCCGGCCUUUAAGGCGUGGCAGAUGGCCGGAGGGGCGCUGGAUAAGGAGCUUCUGCUGUGGGCCAUCAGCCGCUGCAACUCCCACGUACACAGAAGAAAAGCAGCAGAGCUCUCCGAUUGGCUGAUCACCUCAUCGAGGUUCCCCCUCAUCUCCCUCGACUACCAAAUCGCCCUCUCCUGUGCGGCGCGCUGCAACGCUGUCGAGACAGUGCGAGCCAUGUUCCUGUCGUUUCCCAAGGAAUUUCAAACAGAGAAGGUGUAUUUUGGCGUGCUGCAUCACUUUGCUAAGCGCGGGCGCACUUACAAGCUAAUGGAAGAGCUGGAGUGGCUGCGGAAUUUAGGGGUAACCGAGGAGAAUGCCUCGUUCCGGGCUAAACUGCAGGGGGUACUAACCCAAGAAGAGAUCACAGUGAAAGGAUUCGGAUGGAGGGCGUUGGACGGGGCGGAAACCAGUGAGGGAGAGGAGGAGAGGGGAGGAGAGGAGGAGGGAGGGGGAGGGGAGGGAGGGGAGGGGGAGGGGAGUGAGGCAGAUUGGCAUGAUGCGGGGGAGGGGAAGGAAGGUUUUAGGAAGGAGCGGUUGGAGCAAGUGCUGGAGGUUGUUGAUCAGACGCUGCUGGAGAUGAAGGAGAAGGGAUUGAUGCCUGAUGAAGUCGCCUAUAACAUCAUCCUCACCAGUCUCAGCAGGCUCGGGCAGAUCGAAAAAAUGGAGUCAUAUCUCGCACGCAUGCGGGCAGACGGGGCGCAGCCCACGAUCGUGACAUACAACAUCCUGAUUGGUGCAUACGCGCUUGCCGGGCAGUUUGAAAAAGCCGACUUGUGUCUUGAGGCUAUGAAGGAGGAAGGCGAGAGGCCGAACAGGAAGACCUACUGGUCUUUAUUGGGCCGAUAUGCGAACCGAGGGGCGGUUGAAAGGUUCUUCCAAGUUUGGGAGGAGUUGAAGCAGACAGGAAUGGCAUUGGACAGGAGCAUGUAUCACUCUCGGAUUGAGGUGCACAGUAGGGCAGGGGACCUGGAGAAGGCAGAGCAGUCCUUCAACGAGCUGUGCGCGCUCAUGCCCCCCACCACCGCCUCCUUCAACGUGCUCAUAGCCACUCUGGGGCGGGCGGGUAAGGUGGACAAGAUCCCCGCAGUGCUGAAGUCCAUGGAGCAGUGGGGCAUGCAGAGGGACUCCAAGACGUAUAUCCACCUCAUUCAGGCGUACCUGGCAGCUGGCGACGAGGAGAGUGCGAUGAGGGUGCUCCGUGAGGCAGCAGCCAUAGGCGUCGACAGGAUGCAUCAGAAGCUUCCUUUCUCCGCCAUUCUUGAAGUCCUCCUUCCAGCCCGGGAGAGUGGCGACGUGGUCCGAGUGAAGGAGCUAAUCGGCCUCUCCCGUACCCUUUAUAGAAUGAUCGACCCGCGGCUGUUCCGCGACCUCAUUGUGACUAUUGUGAAUCGGUGGGAGAAGGAGAAAAAGCAAAGGGGUGCUGGGGAGGAGGGCGGAUUGUCGGAGAGGGAAGAGGAUCCUUCCUGGAAGCGGCUGGUUUCGGACGUUCGCAGGGUACUGGUGGAUAUGAGGGAGCUGGAGAUAGAGCCCACCAGAAAAACACUUCAAAUUCUGGAGUCCCUUGACCUGUUUCAUUUGGUGGUGGAGACUGCUAGACACGCAGAGUGAGCGUUUUGAGGUACUUCAAAUGAGGCAGAAAACGCUGCUAGCGGCUUGUGGAGGGGAGAAUGGAUUGAUGCAACAUAGUGCGCUUGCCUUUAUUGGAGUCGUUUUAGCGUGAUGCAGUCAGGCGUUUGCAUCGGUUUGUGCUGGCUGGUACCUUGCGAAUCCAUCUAAACCCUGUGUGAGUUGGCAUUGCAUAUCAACAUGCAAAUGGGGAGGUGAUGUAAGUUGGCUCAAACUAGGAGAAAAUAAU